AUGCCUUCCUCAUCACUCUUUCUGAGGUCGAGCACCACACUCGUUUCUGCUUUGUUGUUGCUUUCUUCUUCUGCUUCGGCUGAUACUUACUAUGCUCUGGACACUGAAUAUUCUGGAAAAGAUUUCUUCGACGGAUUCAACUUCUUCGCUGAUGCCGAUCCAACACAUGGCUUCGUCACUUACGUCGAUGAGGCUACUGCUGAGGCUGAUGGCUUGAUCACUUUCAACGGCGGUUCGACGCAGAUGAGAGUCGACUACAAGAACACAUACAACGGCAGUGCAGACUACUAUAAUAUCAACAAUGUUGGGCGGCCCAGUGUCAGGAUUGAAAGCAUCAAGUCAUGGACACACGGGCUCUUCCUUGCCGACCUCAAACACAUGCCGACAACAAACGAUGGCACCGGUUGUGGUGUCUGGCCGGCUUUCUGGACUCUUGGCUCGGGCACAUGGCCAUACAACGGUGAAAUCGACAUCAUCGAGGGUGCGAACAACCAAGCUACCGACCUCACAUCGACCCAUGUCGCCGGCACCUGCAUCGUUUCCCAAAGUCCCUCGGAAAUGACUGGUACUACGAACGGUGACAAUUGCACGUACGACGUCAAUACUGGCGCUAAUGCGCAAGGCUGUGGCGCUUUCGACCCCGACUCUGACAGCUACGGAUCCGGCUUCAACUCUAUCAAGGGUGGUGUGUACGCAAUGGAGUGGACUUCGGAGGCUAUCAAGAUCUGGUUCUUCCCGCGAAGCUCCAUCCCUUCGGACAUCUCGUCUGGAAGCCCCGACCCGUCUGGAUGGGGGCUGCCAGCUUCCAUCUUCGAUGGUCCAGGCUGCGACAUCGAUUCCAACUUUGCCGACAACAGGAUCGUUUUCGACACUACUUUCUGCGGCGAUUUCGGCGACGCAACCUGGUCCAGCGGUGGGUGUGCAGCCAGCACCGGCGAAAGCCAGUGCUCCAUCUGGGUCGGUAACAACCCAGGCCAGUUCAAGGAUGCGUAUUGGGAUGUCAACUCCGUCAAGAUCUAUCAAUCCCAACCAGUCACGACCACCUCGACAACUACGACCACAACUACGCUCGCCACUUCGACGAGACCGCCGCAGACCACCACUAGCCCCGUUGUUCCGACCACCACACCAUAUGUACCACACACAACGCCCAGCAGCACCACGUCGAGAUCUCUGACCGUGGGACCUUUCUACAAUACCAGCAGUAGCAGCAGCCUCAAGACGUGGGACGACUGGACGGCAACGACAACGACCGAUCCAUUCACUGGAACAUGGGGAGACUGGACUGACGGCAAAACAAGCUCUGUCAGUUCCAGCACGCCCAGCUCAUCGAAAACCUCAAGCUUCCUUUGGCAAGAUUGGACUACGUCGGCAACCAAACCCACCGAUCCGGCAACAACCUGGGGUGAUUGGAGUGGUUCGGAUUCAGUCGUGACCGUCACAAUUACCAAAACGUGGACGGAGCCAUGCUCGACAGGCUACACCACCAAGACCACCACCAUCACGACCACGCACUGUGGCUGCACCGAGACGCCCGUUCCGACCGCCUGCAUGACGACCAAGACAUUCACACCGUCGGCCGGCUGGCCAUUCAGCACGCCCAUCGUGGCCAGCGUGCCCUGCGCAGCGCCCGCCGCAGCGACAUCGACGGCUCCGAAACCAAGCGGAACCUGGGCCGCCGGUGGCCAGUCCGGCUCCGGCAAGCCCGUGUCUCCUGUCGCGGCAGCCUCGACCGGCACCCCCAGCGGCGCCUGGGCAACCCCGAGCGUGACCCUCGCGACCACGCUGACUGUUGCUCCCGUCGCACCCUCGUUGCCAGCCUGGACCGUCGCGGCUGCGAGCACAUCACCAGUCACGCCGGUCGCUGCCGCCAGCAUCGUCCCCAGCAACGGCACCUGGGGCGGCGCCGCAGCCACGAGCACCAACUCGUGGGUUGCACCCUACAAGGGCGCCGCCAGCCGCACCACGUCGCUGAAUGGCCUUUUGGCCGUGCUUGCCGCUGGGGCUGCCGCGCUCGGCAUGUUCGCUAUGUAA